GUUGUCUUCAUCAUGGAUAGUUGAAUGAUUCGUUUAAUUUUAGGUCGACAUGUUAGUAAUUUUAAUAUUAGUCCACUUUAACCAAUAAAUCAAUUGCAGCAUCCGUUUUGGCCAUGAUCUCUCCGUCCUUCCCUUCCGCCACGAGUUCAGACACAGCUGUUUCACACUCGCUCUUAAGCACACCACGAUACAUCCGAUAGUAGACUCAGCGCGGCCGUCCAGAUCCAUCUCCUCCGUUGGGCCACUACAGUAACCACGUCAUCGGGGUAGAUGAAGAAGGUUACAUCCCUUAGACAACCACGAAGAUGGGUUGUAGCUUUGGUGGCAGUUUUUCCAAGGUGUGCCCGGGGUUCCACACGACGCCCUUCUGCACAGGAUCGACAGCGUCAGGAAAAUGGUGGUCCUUUCCGCCUUCCGCCGAGGCUCAGCGUGAGGAAAAAGCUGAUCCACACACUGGCUCAUUCCCUUGGACUUGAAAGUUUACAGCUCUAUAAAGAGGUUUUCAGUGGGAUGAUACUCUAUCUUCCUUCUUUGAAUCCAAUUUCAUGAAAGACACCAGAAGAAAAGCGUUCGAAUCCGAUAGUCUUGAAUUCCAAAAGGCAACAAGUCAAAAUUAGACUUGGUCUUCAUCGCGAUUUGAAUGUGACGUAAGGGAUGACGGCACACAGACCCUGGGUGGUUGGAGUUUCAUACUCAAAAGCGGGGAGACCCAGUCCAACUGAGAGUGAGAGAUGGGUAAGCUCGGGUGUGAUGCCCAUGGCGAUCUCAACGUCACCGAAUUCAGCAAACCCUUGCCUUCCAUAGGUAUCUAUGUUGCCUCUGCUUCAUUCCUCUGCGCCCUUUCCAUGGCCGCCGAUCUUCUCCACGGCUUCCGCCACCGCAAAUUCUGGUUCCCUUGCAACUUCUUCUCUCUCAACGCCACUUCCCUUACCUUAAUCGCUGUUGGGAUCAAACUCUCUCUCGAUUUAAACACCUCGAUGCCGAGUCGCCAAGAUCAGCUUUCCAAACUCAGCAGCAGCGUCUUCGCCUGCAUCGUCAUGGCCAACUCCAUGCCCUCUCUCGGCAUCAUGGAGACCAAAGAUCUCCUCGCCAACGUCGUCGCCCUUGGAAUCCUUAUCAUCACCCUUGUUGUCAAUAUCUGCAUCCAGUUGGGGACAGGGGCCAUCUACGUUUUCUGGAAAGAACAUCUCUUCACCCUUUUUCUCAUGCUUCUUAUGCUCCUCAUUCUGUGUUUCUCCGCUCUCACUGUUCCCACCACCAAGAACCUGUUAGAGCUCAAGUACAAGAAGAAGUAUGAGAUUGCCGUCAAGGAGUGUCCUGUGGAAACAGAGACAACAAGGGUCAUGAAACUCAAACAAGACCUGAUGAAAUUUUGGAUGAUGGCCCAUACCUGCAGCCCCCAGUUCGUGAUGGCCCGUUCCGUCACAUGCACCGCCUCCGGUUUCCUCUGCCUCCUAAGUGCCCUCACCCUCGGCGAAGCCAUGGUUCAGUCUUACUUGAGACCCGGAUCCCUAGGUUUCUGCAAUGGAGAUUCUGAUUACAAGUGGUCAACCACCCUGGCCCUCGUCUCACAGACCACCGCAGUGGCAAUAGGGUCCAUUGCUCCAGCGACCAGAUGGUUCACGGCUGUAAACUUCAGGUGUCCAAUAAGAGGCAACAAGUACUACGGAGAAGAGUUCAGGGUGGAGAGUUACUGGACACAGUGCAUGGCAGAGGGCAAAGAACGUCCCUUGAGAGCUUGGAUCUUCGGAGGUCGUCGGUGGAGGAAGUCAGUACAUGAUGCAAAACGGCGAGUACUGGAUGGUUGUAUUGUCAUACAGUAUGGAUUAGUGUUAGCAAGCAAAGUUAUCCGUUUUGCCUCCGUGUACUGUGUGAGCCGGAUCUUGAUAUGCUUCUACUUCAGCAUCCGUAGACGGAGUAGCGAUGAAAAGGAAUCAGGAAGCACGAAAUUGGAUCUCGCCCGUUUUGUUCUGCAUCUCGAGGGUGAGUCCGAGCUGGUGGAGCUGAUGGUACGGAGCAACUGUGAGGCCACAGACCACUGGAUACAGAAUGGAAGGAAAAAUCAGCCGAGGCAUCUCAUCGAGUUUCUUGAAGCUUCAAGAUCAGGAGGAUUUGAAGGGAUUUUAGACUUUGACAGCUACGAGGUCCCUUCUCUGGCAUCUGAAGAACCACCCAAUUGCUGGGCUCUCCCUCUGGUAACACUUACAAGCAUCGCUGUUGCACUUCCAAACAUCAAAGCUUGCGCUCUUAAGAAGCUACUGAAAGCAGUCGACGAGGCACUUGUCUAUGUCAACAAGUUUGAACACGUCUUGGACAUGAGGGGAGACUUAGCCAACGCCAGGAAGGCUGCUGAGGUUGUUUGGUUAGGUGUCGAUCUCUAUCAAAAGUGGCUUGAUGUGGAUCUGAGAAAGCUGUCGUCCAAGCAAGAAAGAACUUCUGAGGAAACCCUCGAGGAGCUCGUUGAUAUCGCAAAGAAGAAAUUUUCAGAGUCGUGGCAGGCGAACCUGAUGGUGUGCAUCAAACAGAAGGCGUCGCAUUGGCCCAUGAAAAUACUGGCGGCCAACUCCAUGUACAGAAUCUGCCAAACUAUGCUCGAAAACAACAGAAGAGGCGAGGACUUGUUCAAAGAGAUGGAGAGGAUGAUCUCAGACAUAGUUUCUGGUUGCUUAGCCAACACGCCGCUGGUUAUAUCGAUGAAGUGCUUGGUGACGGCGGUAGAGGUGAGGGAAGAGUCGGUUGGGAAAGCAGCUUUGCAUCUGGGAAGGACAGAGAAGAUACUGGAGAUCAUAGAGAAGAGACGCAUCCCUGAGUUGAGCCCCGACCAGAUGGGGAAAAUUGAUGAAUGGAGGACAUUCUUCAGGUUUCACCUCAGCGUCUGACUAAAGCCCAAUAAGCUCAUGAUGAUUUUGGCCCGAAUCAGAAAGCCCAUGCGACUCAAAUACGGUCUUACUUCCUUCACAAGCAAUACAUACUCUUGUUGUGUAUAUUGAAUGUCUGCUCUUUUUCUUUCCCAUUGUUUUGUUUCACACCUUAAACUAGCGUGCGUACCACCAUAUGAUAUGCGUGUGUGAUAAUACUGUCACAUAGCAGUAACUGCAACGUUUUUAUUUU